AGAAAUUCAGAGCAUCAAACGGUAACUUCAAAACCUUAAACCCCCAAAACCCUAAAUUCGACAUUAAACUUUGUUCGAAUCCCAUGGCGUUGUCAAUCUCCAAUCUUCUUCUCUACCCAAAACCACAAAUUUCAUCCAGAAAUUUUGUUCCCAGUUCUUCAAUUUCCAAAUUCUCAUCCUCAAAUCUCAGAUAUCCUAGGAGAGUUUUGCUGAAUCAAAGAUUGUUUUGUGCUACUUCUGCAGCAGGAAGUUCUAGCCCAGAUAGUGACUUAAACCCAUAUGAGAUUCUUGGUGUGAGCCCCAUUGCGGGGUUUGACAAGGUCAAGGCAGCAUAUACUAGAAAGCGCAAGGAUGCUGAGAGGAAUGGUGAUGAGGCUACUGCUGCUCUACUUGAGAAGGCAUAUGACAAACUCAUGAUGGCACAGUUAACAAAUAGAAAGAAGGGUGUGACAUAUGGGUCAUUCCAGGUUUCAAAGGACAUCAAAUAUGCUGAUAAGCAGCCAAUUGUACCGUGGGGACCAAGGUUCACCAAGUCUAGUUUAAAAGAUAUACGCAUAAACUUGGCAAUUGCAGCUGCUUUUACAGUUUGGAUUGUAUUCAGUCGUGAUGCUGAAUACAAACCAUUGCAGUUUAUGGCUUUUGCGUUUGUUUAUCGAAUUUUUGAGAAGUUGACAGCCUAUGAACCUCCAGUAUCGCCAAUAUUUACAGAAGAAGGAGAAGAUGUUGGGCGGGGACAGCGGAUGGGAAAGCGACUUCUUCGUUCUCUUGCAUUAGUUUUUGGUUGUAUUGCCGUGUCCUCUCUGGUUUACACUGGUGUUCUGAAUUUGAUGGAGUAUUUUCUCAAUUAUAUACCUGCUUUUCUUUACAAUAAUCAGGAACUCAUUAUCACCACCGCAUCAGCCGUUGCGCUCUACAUUAUGGCAUCAUAUUACCGGUGAUGAGUUUGGGGGAGACUUGAGGCAAUUUUCAGCAGGUUGUUUACUGAUAUGUUUUAGCUUUGGCUGUCAAAUUUUGUGGGAAAGGAGAUGAAAGUUUUACAUGCUGAGGAAAAAUGCAAUUCUUGGUUCAAUAUUCAUGGGUCAAUUGGUCCCAAUGAAUUUUCAAGUCAAUUACCAAAAACCCUCUUCAGUUCAACUUCUGCCUUGUUUCUUUUUUACUCGGGUGACCUUUGUUUCAUACCUAAGUCCUAACCUUUGCAUUUGUGGGAAUGGUAGUGUAAAUCUUUCAUCUGUUUCUUUUUCCUUCUUUUUUGGAUCAUUUGAGUGGAUUUCAUCGAUCUGUUCUGAAUUUGUUUGUAUGGUAUAUCCUUGUACUUUCAAUUGAAAAACACUGCCAACAAGAGUUUGACUGAGAUGAUACUCAUUAAAAAAAAGCUAAAAAAUGCCUUCCUGUGUCCUUUAGAGUGGGAACUGGGAAGUAUAAAUGGGUUUUUUUUUU